UUGGAUAAAAUUAAAAAUGAACAGUCUGGAGAUCUCUUCAUUAACUCAAAAAUCUUCCCAAGGUUCAUCCAAGAAUCUUUGAAUCGGUAAUUAUGCUUCCUAAAGUUCACUAGGAGUUGUAGAAUUAAUCAUUUCAAGAAGCUUUUGUAAAAAUUGACCCAAAUAGUUUGAAUGAACUAAUCUAGUGAUAUAGGGAUGUUUCUGGCUUGUUUAGCACUAAUUGGAGGGUCCUCAGCGAUUCCUUUCAUUAAUUAUUAUGAUGAAACUCCUACAGUUUUGAGACUCAUGUGGAGGAACCAGAUAGCAAGUCUAUAUGGAGUCCCUUUUAGUGUAUAUUUCUUAUACCAGGUUUGGGAUACCAUAAAAUGGUCAUCUGUUCUGAGUUGGGGAAUGCUGGGAGAAGCCCUCGCUUGUUCAUUUAUUAGGACUUUCGCUUCUAUUCUAUAUGUAUGGAGUUCUUCUUUCACGAUAGUGUCUCAUGCAGUGUAUCUUGCAAAUCUGAGUGGAGUGUUUUUGGUCUGAGUCAGCCUUGUUAGAGGCAAAUCCACUCACAGGUUUGAAAUUGUUGGAAGUGUGAUAGUUGUAGCAGCAGUGCUGGUCUUGAUCAAUGAUUCUAGCUCUAGUAAGGUUGGAGAAGAUUCUGGUAAAGGUAGUAUUGUUAUCGGUGACCUGUUGGCUCUAGCAACUACUCCAAUGUGGGCAGCAUUUUUUAUUUUGAAUUCAUACCUAGUUAAGAGACUUCCCUCUAUGGUGUGUUUUCAAAUCACUACUUUUAUACAGAUGUUAAUGCAGAUUGCUGUAUAUUUUUGGUAUUUUGGUACAGGUGGAUUUGUAAGCUUUGAUGAAAAGAGAGGAAUGUUUGGAUGGGCUUCCAAUGAGAAUAUAGUGUGGUCCUUAUUAGUAUUUGGCCCGGUAACAUGAAUCUUUGGAUCAGGCGGAUACUAUUUUACAGCUAGUUAUUUUCCUCCUCAUAUUAUUGGUACUAUCUUCCUUCUUGAGCCAGUGCUUGGUCAAAUAUUUGGAAUUCUUCUCAGCCAAGAUCAUUACCCUCAAAUCCUGACUUACAUCGGAGGAAUUGGAAUUUUUAUAGGAGUAGGCCUCACCAUCAGAGGAGACCUUCUUAAAUCUAAUGAAUCCCAGACUAAUAUUAUUCCUGAAGAGCCCGUUGAUUCUAUUCAUAAUCAUAGCCUGCUUUCUUAAACAUUUAAUUAUUUCAAAACUAUUUA